CUUUCCAGGAGAUGUUUCCCACUUGUCAGACUCGGUCCGAGUCUAUUGCAUCUCAGCACGUCGCGCUCACAUUUAAAGGUCGAAGACUCAGAUCAUCAAGAAUGAUCGAUAGUCCUUAUGCAGGUACGUGACCAAUGGACGCGUCAGCGGGACAGGGACCACGCCAUUUGGGAAGUGACGUAUGCCUCAGGCUGUACACUCAGUUCUUAUCCACAUCCGAGAUCCGCUGUACUUGCCCAAGAACCGUCUAUCGUCUUACCAAAAUUGCUGCCAAUCACCGAAUUUGCCUCUCUUCAAUUCAAGGCUUCUCGUAGCCUUUCGGAGCCCGCCAUACUUGCACUGUUCCAAAAGCUCUUCGCAUGGCAGUCGGAAUGUUCUGGCUACCCGCUGCUUUUCUUCACAAACCCCAAAGCACCCUCUGAAAUCCACCUCAUCACUGGGUGGGAAAGCGUCGAGGCACACGAGGCAUGGAUAGCAGGCGAGCGGAACCAGGAGCUGCUAAGGGUGUUUGCGCCAUUCAUCAACAUCCUAGGCAUGGUCCAUUUGGAUAUAGACUUCGAACGCAUCCCAAACGAUGCAGAGUCUAUGAUUUGUCUAAAGUUUGGAGAGGGAGUCGGCGGUCAGGUUGAAAGAGAGAUUGGAGGGCACUUGCAUUGGGCGGUGGUCGGACAAAAUUUGCAGGAUGAUUGUCAUGACGUAUGCAUUUUUAUGCAGCAGGAUGGAACAGGGUUGGACAUCGAACCUACCCUGCACAUGGAACUGCAGAGAGUUCAUUUGUAAAAUGCAGAUUUUGGAGUUUCAAGGAGAUAUUUUGACGG